AUGCCUUUGACCACACCAGUCCUCACCGUGGAUGCGGACAAUAUCCACAAGGUGGAUACCGCCAAUGCUCAAAGUCUUCAUGGAAUGUGGAUGGUAUUUUCGAAAUGUGCCGACUACAUGGAUCAGGGCCGUCGACUUGAAAAUCUCAGCUGGCGCUUGUGGACCCGUGAAACCUUCUGUGUCGAGCCCGAAAAAGCCAAGAGCACUUCCGCCCUACCAUUGCUACGCUCUGAAGCUGGGGAUCUGCCAGAGCUCUCUGCGAGCGUCGAGUCAGCCGCGUCUGACCAAGCCGAACGGAUCGAAGCUCAUAUCAAACGCCCCAAGUUUUCCGACUGCCGACCUGCCGUCGUGCGCGAGGAUUCACUAGCCAGCCUUGGCCGUGGCAAGGAAAAGCACAUCACUUCGCUGGAUUUGGAGCGUAUGGUUCUGAACAUCAAGGAAAAGAAGCAGUUGGAGCCCAUGGCUCCUCCCGUCGAGCCUGCUGCGCCCGUCGUUGACAUCACUCCUCGCCCAUCCACCCCUACUCCUACUCCUCCUUCAGUUUCCACUGCUCGCCAUGUCCCUCAUUUCUCCAUCCGACCGACCCCAUAUCCCCAUGAGUCGACCGAGUCUUGCUCGACAACUGCCCCGGAGGGCAACGACAGCGACACUGCUCAGCUUAACGCGUCCGACACCAGCGUUUCAUCUUCUGGCAUCCUUCCCAGCAAAUCUGAAUUGAUCAGAUCUCCCAGCAUCGUUCGUGGAUUCUCACCAUCCCACAUCUCCUCUUCAUUCCGAUCGCAACCACGAUUGUCUAUCGACCCCAGUCCUUCUCGUUCUGCUACGCAAUUGAGGCCAUCGCCCCUGAAGAAGAAGGGUGGCAUGUUUACACUGGGAGGAUCUUCUGGGGACGACGAUGAAAGCUCAUUUGAAGAGCGCAUGGUCCCACAAGCGGCCCAGGAGAAAGCGACCGGUGGGGGAUUGAAGCCCCACAAUAGUGAGCCGAGUUCUACGAAAAAGACUGCUUCCUUCAGCAACCAGGUCUCAUCCCACAUAAUUCCUAACUCGAAGGACAUCAGCCGGUCCGACGAGGACGCCAUUGAGACCGAUGACGAAGUCUCAGAGAGUGCUAUCGAGGACGACGAGGACUCUGAUUGGGAGGACUCCGUCACUGAAGGUGGCGAGUCGAGCGUUGACGAUCGUGGAGAGAUGUUCCAGCGGGUUGAUUCCCGACCCAACCUUGUUUCGCGCCGCUCAAUGCUCACCAUGAUGAUGCACCAGCCGGCUCGUAUGCAAGGAAACGCGUUCCGGUCCAGUCCCGCACUUCAGCGAUCGCGGCUGACAUCGCCCAAUGGUCCAUCAAUUCCCCAGUCUCCUCCAUCCAAUGAAGAGGAAAGCUUGACUAUGCGUGGUCCCGAUGUUCCUCGAUCGAAGCCAAUCGUUAUGAACAACAACGGCUCGCAUUCUAUGGCACACUCUCCGCGAACCACUCGUCGCAACAUGCUUGCCACUGAACUGACUGAAUCUCUCCGCCGACACCUUCUCUGGGAGCGCCAGCAGAAGAGCGCGACCGCGAACGCCUUCCUCAAACGCCGCCACACCGCCCACGACAUGAAAAAUCUUCAAGAGUAUCCCGGACCAAAAGGUCCCCACCGGGGAGUUGGUCCAAGUCAGUCUAGCGCUGAGGCAGAUCCAAACACCUCCAAUUUCGAUUCUGGCAAGAAUGGAUCCUGGACCAACUACACCACUGAUUACGGUCCAUGGGAGUACCAUGUGAAGGGAUGGUAG